GUGAUCUCACAGUCACCGACCUCGUCCGAGAUAUCAAAAUGUUUUUCGAAUUGUACUGGCAAUAUUUUGUGAUGGGUUUGAUCCUUUAUUUAGUAGUGAGGGGUGGGUAUGUAUUUUUCAAUAAACAGCAGAAAAAGGACAAAAUGGGGAUGGAGAAGAAAGAUGAUGAUUGUAGAUCUUCGUUUGAACUUAAUUCCCUGUCUUCGUCGUCGUCCACAUCAUCCAUCGACGAAGAAGAUGACGACCAUUUGUUACCAGCCCUUCCCAAAAAUUUAAACCACGUGCCUUUAGAAUUCGUUAAACUGCCUGUUGACGACUCUUUAACCAGAUCUGAAGAGUUCUUUAAGCUAAUGAAUAAAAGGAGAACUGUGAGACAUUUUAGCAACGAAACAGUUCCAGUAGAUAUCAUUCAUAAUAUCAUUAAGACCGCAGGAACAGCUCCUAGCGGUGCCCAUACUGAACCCUGGACUUACGUCGUAGUGAGCUCUCCUGAAAUAAAACAAAAAAUUAGAGAGAUAGUCGAAGCCGAAGAGGAAUUGAACUAUAAGAAGCGAAUGGGAAAGGUGUGGACUACUGAUUUAAAACCUUUCAAGACGAACUGGUUGAAAGAGUAUCUUACAGAAGCCCCUCAUCUCAUUCUAGUUUUCAAGCAACUAUACAGUUGGAGACCAGAUGGAAAGAAGAAGAUGCAUUAUUACAAUGAACAGAGCGUUUCGUUAGCUACGGGAAUUUUAUUAGCGGCCAUACAUUAUGCUGGUUUAGUAUCUCUAACUUCGACACCUCUCAACUGUGGCCCAGCACUAAGAACUCUUCUGGACAGACCCAGUUCUGAGAAACUAACGCUUCUCAUACCAGUAGGUUAUCCAAAAGAAGAUUGUCUCGUACCGGAUUUAAAACGCAAAAGUUUGGAAGAUAUUUUAGUGAAGUUUUAAAUAUAUAUCACGAUUGUGAAUGAUUUGUUGAGUGUGUAAAAUUUUUAUAUACCCGAUGAGCUACCCAUGGAUUCUGACGGUAUACAUUGGUGAUACUUAUGCACAAUAGUUUAAGAUGGUUUUCAAGGAAGUACAAGUUUUAAAUAAAAUAUAUAUUGUGUAAGUUUUUUAUUAUUUCUUUGAUGUAUUUGAUGAUUGAAACAAUAUAAAAGAACUCUAAACUAA